AAUUCGAGAAAGAAAUAUACACAUUGGAUUAAUAUUCUUCUUCCCAAAAAGCCUGCAGCCGGGAGGAAAAACUGCCUUGGCCUGAUCGACGCCUUCACAAGCUUCGUUGCUGUUGGAAUUGCUUUCAAUUCCUUCUAGGGCAUCCGAUCAAUUCAAGGUCGGGAUCCAACACUUGUACCUGAUUUGAGGAUACUCAACUCAGAUGCCGGAGGACGAUUUUAUUGACAUUAAGUUCAGGCUCUACGAUGGUUCUGAUAUUGGACCCUUUCGAUACUCGUCCGCAUCGACAAUAGAUGUGCUCAAGCAGAGAAUAGUGUCCGAUUGGCCCAAAGGCAAAACAAUCACUCCGAAGGCAGCCAAUGAAGUAAAACUGAUAAGUUCUGGAAAAAUUUUGGAAAAUAACAAGACUGUUGGUCAGUGUAAAUUACCUUUUGGUGAGUCCACGGGAGGAGUCACCAUAAUGCAUGUUGUUGUACAGCCAUCCCUAGCGAAAGCUAAGACAGAGAAAAAGACUGACAAUUCACAACAGAAGAUCGUCUGCUCCUGUUCCAUACUUUGAAACACAACACCAGUCAUAUGAUUCGUUUGAGAUAACAUGGCAAUGCCUUCGGUCUUAGAGAUAGAUGCAUCUGUUUGAACAGAGGAUUCGGCGGGGGGAAUCAACAGUGGCGGGAAACUGCAGCCGAAGGAAGUGUGAAAGGCCCUUCUACAUGGCGGGUUCGUUUACAUUUACAUACCUUUCUUUAUAGCUUUGACGUGUGUCCCUCAAAAUUCACGACUUAGAUGUAGUCAUUGAAUAUGGUGAAAUUAUUUUAAAAGUAAA